AUGGAGAAAGCCUAUUGGGAUCAAGCUCAUUCCGGUCCGCUCAUUCUAUCCCACCAGAACAUACUUGUCACCCCCAUCAACUCUCUCUCUCUCUCUCUCUCUCUCUCUCUCUCUCUCAAAACGUUUUUACGGACUAGUGUUUGUUCAUAUCUAUCUAUCUAUCUAUCUAUCUAUCUAUCUAUCUAUCUAUCUACGUUUGUCAUAUCCUAUUUAUCUAUUUAUGUUUAUAUCUAUCUCAAUCUGUUCAUAUAUAUCUAUCUCAAACUGUUCCUAUCUCUAUACUCUAUAUAUCUCUAUAUCUCAAUCUGUUUAUAUCUACCUAUCUAUCUGUUUCAAACUGUUGAUAAUUAUCUGUUUAUAACUGUUGAUAUCUAUCUGUUUCAAACUGCCGAUAUCUAUCUAUCUAUCUAUCUAUCUAUCUAUCUCAAUUUGUUCUUAUAUUUUAAAGAUGUAAUAAAUAUAAAUCCAUUAAUACUUUUGUCGUCGUCAUCUUCUUCUUUGUGGCAUGUCCCUUAA